UAGACUCACAGUAAGAAAACUAUUCCUUGCCAUCCUUUCACAAUGAGAUAGAUGCUUUAUAGUUGGUUUUGAGGAAUUGCUGGAGGAGAAUCUUUGAUCCAUGUUUGCCAAAAGGAACAUAAACCGGAGGGCAGCUCUGCUGUGGAGGACAGCUUUGUCAGCUUGUGGACACCGACGAGUGUUCCUAACCUUUGUAACUCUGGAAAGCUUUAACCUCAUCAUGAAAGUUCCCGAUAGCCGCUGGGAGGGUUGUUCUGCAGCCAAUCAACCAGGCUCACUGUUUGUUGGCCUCAGUUAAAUAAGCAAGAAUCGAGAUUUUGGCCUCCUCUUCAGAAGAGCCGCUCGUGGAGCGGAGCGGAGCUGCUCCUGGGGCACAGCACACUGUACUUUCAACAGGCUUAUGGAAAUGAGGGACUUCUUAUCCUCUCGGAGUCACAGAAUCAUAGAAUAGUUAAGGUUGGAAAGGACCUUAAGAUCAUCUAGUCCAUGGUGUCUUGCUGUUAGGGUUGUGACAUCAGGGCUGGGGCUUGCCGAAUUGCAGUACAUGUCAUGAAGUGUUUGUUUCUAGAACAAAGAGGAAGCAGCCUACGCUCUGUUCCAGGUGUGUUCCUUUGUAUUCAUGCCUCCAUUCAUCACUAUCAGCCUGGAAUCAGUUUAGUUUCUUAGUGCUUUUCACAUGGACCUGUGAUUCCUGAACUUCCAUGUCACCAUGUGUGUCUUCUGCUGUUUGCUAAAGGGGGUAACAUCAUCUGUCAUACUCAGAGUUGCUUUUUACUUCUGAUCGCCUCCACAAGUGUAGUAAGCUCCCCGAAGUGUUUUAAGUUUCACUUUAUCAUACUCACUCCUUACAAUUACUUUCAGCAUAAGCUAAAUCCUGACCUCAAAGACGUAAGGCAGUGAGUAAGUUUGUUUUAAUAGAAUAAUGAAUCAUCUCCUGGUUGUAUCUUGUCUUUUUUGCUUUGAUGAAAAGUAAAUUCAAGGAAAUGGGAUGUGCUGGUUCUUGGUUCUGAGCAAGCGGGUGCAGCAGGUCACUGGGUCUGCCUUCUAAGGUUGUUCUGUUGGAGAACAACUACUCUGAAAUAGAAGGGAGAUGUCCAUGUGUCCCCUCACACUGAACCACUUCUAGUUCUUUCUGUUUCCAGUGAUAUUCUUCUGCCAAGAUUAAUGAAAGUGGGAAAGCACCAUUGCUGUGUGGAUUCAGUCAGUUGUGCCUGGGGAAUUUUGAAUCCCAGAGAGGGCCUUGCAAAAAUUGCGCUCUUUGUUUUGCCUUUCCUCAUGAUUGUCUUGAACCUCUCUGGUGUUUGGAGGGUUUUUAUUGCUGCAUGUGGGCUUGUCCUUGUAGCCAACAGCUUUGGCAGUAGGUGUGACCUUGGUAGAGGAAUUAUCUCUAAAGCUAUUGCAACUGCUUCCUUAUCCGUUUGCUUUAUGUUUGAGGCCUGUAUAAGCCACUCCUUAAUUUCAGAAUUCAGAGGCUGGUCUCUUAAAUAUCAAACUUCCUCAUAUGUGAAUUUGUGAGAUAGGAGCUGGGAUUAAUGGCUUUCGCCUUCUAAAGUCAAGCCAGUGGUGUGAGUGCAGUGGGCUGCCCUCUGAUGCCUGAGGGAACCUGUUUGGAGCAAACACUGUUGCUUGGGGGGUGUUUGGAAUUCUUGGGAGGAAAAUUCUUGCAAAAGCAGAGUUUCUUGUUUAUGUGGAAGGAGUUUGUUUUCUCAUGGGAGAGCAAAAGCCAUCACAGUGCUUAUCCUCUGUGCUGUUGCUGGAUUAUUGGACUCCUUACCCAAAGGCCUUUGAGCUUCUGAGCAGCUCUUGGAAAGUUACCUUGAAGAGCACGGUGUUUUGCCAUGGGAAUGUUUAUCUGUGUUAGAUUCCAGGUUGGAAUCCAGCAGUUUCUCUUGUUUGUCUCAUUGUUUGCCCUCUUAGUCUAACUAUGGACCUUGUUGCCCAGUCUCAAAGUGAGACAAUCCCCCUCAGCGGCCUGGGAUGCUGUGUGUGUAUCCCAACACUUCAGACGUCUCAUUCUCCUUGGCUACAAGUUUAAGGAAACUAUUAGUGUGGAAAUUAUUAUUAAAUCCAUUGAUGUGUGUAAGAUGUAGGUAAACUCAUGGGGAAAUGGGACAGUACUCGGAUAAGCUCGUGAGGAAUCCUGGCAUAGCACAGGCGAUGCUUGGUUAGUAUAGAUGUCACUAAGUCAUUAGUUUCUUCUCCUUGACAUGUGUUUUUUUACCAUCCUUUCUAGGAAGGGGUCUGGAGGAGGGAAAAUUUCCCUUUCUGGUGAAAGGGGACUGGAGCAUUAUGACAGUCAAGUCUUUAAAAGCUUGUGAGUUCCCAGAGUCCUUGACGGCUAGCUGCUGCCUCUGCUGCUCUUGUCGGAUGUCAAUAAAGAGAGGUUGAAGGCAACACUUCUCAUGGAGGUAACAUCGAAGGGCGCUGGCUUAAACCCUAACGCCAAAGUGUGGCAAGAAGUGCCCCAGGGGAGUGGGGAGGCUGUGCCACCAACGAAUGGCACAGAGCACUCGUGGCAAGAAACAGCGGCUGCGCAGGGGACUCCUGCUGAGGGUAACAUAGAGAUUGCAGAGGAUAGCUGCAAGCAAUAUGAAGUGAUGUAUUCCCCGUCUUGUGAGGCCACAAGAAAUGGGACAGGAGUCGAUGAAGCAUCUGCAAAUGGAAUUGUCCUGGCGGCUGAAGAUCUUGGAUACCAAAUCUAUGAAGUGUCUGGUGAAGGCAGCUCCACUGUGUCCACAGAAGACAUUAGAGAAUGUUUGAAAAAGCAACUUGAAUUCUGCUUCUCACGGGAGAAUCUUUCAAAGGAUCUCUACUUGAUGUCUCAAAUGGAUAGUGACCAGUUUGUUCCAAUAUGGACAAUUGCCAACAUGGAAGGUAUUAAGAAGCUGACAACUGAUAUGGACCUCAUCCUUGAAGUUUUGAGAUCUUCUCCUAUGGUACAAGUGGAUGAGAGAGGGGAGAAAGUAAGACCAAACCACAAGCGAUGUAUCAUCAUUCUCCGGGAGAUCCCUGAAACAACACCUAUAGAGGAGGUUAAGGCUCUGUUUAAAAAUGAGAACUGCCCCAAAGUGAUAAGCUGUGAGUUUGCUCACAACAACAACUGGUACGUUACAUUCCAGUCGGAUACAGAUGCCCAACAGGCAUUUAAAUACUUAAGGGAAGAAGUGAAAACCUUUCAGGGCAAGCCAGUAAUGGCAAGGAUAAAAGCCAUCAACACGUUUUUUGCUAAGAAUGGUUACCGGGUAGUGGAUUCCAGUGUCUACACUCAGCCAGUUCAAACACAAGCACAGUUUGCCUCACCACUGUUUAUGCAGCCUGUAUAUAGUCCUCAGCAGUACUCUAUUUACAGCAUUGUGCCUCAGACUUGGUCUCCAAAUCCUGCACCUUACUUUGAAACACCACUGGCCCCCUUUCCUAACGGUGGAUUUGUGAAUGGCUUUAAUACACCAGGAUCAUAUAAAACAAAUGCUGCUUCGUUGAGUAUAGGUCGCCCAUUCCAUAGAAAUCGCGUGAAGCCCCACUUCCGAUCUUCCAGCAGCUUGGAACACGCUGCGGAGGGUCCAGCUGCCGUCGCUACCAUGCCAAUGGGGGACGGACCACUGAACAGAACCAACUCAAGGAGUUUUGUUAUGGAGCGACAUAACAGUACGUUAACUGGCCACCAAGACCAAGGUUAUUCCCAGAAGGAUUCUCCUACCGCCCAGAUGGAGCAGAACGGCGAUUAUGGCAUUGGCAGGGGCAGGAGGAACGUUUUCAGAGGUCGGAGGAGACGAGAAGACGACCGGGUUUCAAGACCUCAGCCUUCAGCAGAAACAAAGACUCAGACACCAAAGUUUGAUUUGCUAGCAUCAAAUUUCCCACCUUUGCCUGGCAGCACAGCAAAAAUACCAGGAGAGCCUGUGCUGGAGAGCAGGAUGUCCGAUAUCGUUAAAGGAGUCUGCAAAGAAAAGGAAAGCAAAGAUUUGCUGCCCAGCUCUCCAGCUCCUGCUCAGGAAGAAGAGACGCACAGCACUGUCCAACAGCCUGUGACAAGUGUGAGUUCACCAAGUCAGACUGAAGCUGUGGUCUUAAGCACGGUUCAGCCAGAGAGCAAACCAGAAGAAGUGUCUGCUCAGAAAGAAGUCACAAGCCACGCUUCCCCACCCGUGUCUGUGUCUCCUACCAGUGCUGCAAAGCCGCCAAGGACAAAUACCACUUCACCUUCUGCUAAUGCAAGUGCAGCUCCUGCUUUGUUGAUGCAGGAGCCACGCAAGCUAAGUUAUGCUGAAGUUUGCCAGAAGCCCCCAAAGGAGCCUCCUCCAGUUCCUGUUCAGCCUCUUCGGGAGCAUCGCACCAACAUCGUUCCCCCUGCCAAAAAUGAAGACAAUGGUACACCCGAGAAGGCUUCGGAGAAGGUUCCCGACAAGGUUGAAGGUCGGAUGAAGGAUUAUUCUGGGUUCCGAGGCAAUGGGCCUCCCAGGGGAGCUGCUGGGAAAAUCAGGGAACAGAGGCGCCAAUUUGGACGCAGAUCAUCGCCUCAGGGAGCACCUCGACGUGUCGGCAAGGAGCAGUACGUGCCACCCCGCUCACCAAAGUAACACUUGGCCAGCCAAUUAUUUCUCUAUUUAAUUUGAGCUGUGGACAAAUGAGCAGCAGAGGAGACUGUGAGAAAGAAGUAUUCGUGAAGGGGAAUACUGAACUUGGAGCAUGGCUUGUGUGGAGAAGUUGGGGAGGGUCCCAAAAUUCAUCUCUCAAAGUGAUUUCACAAAUGCUGGAGGAUUCCAAUCAAUAUAAAUAUAGAGAUUAUAAUUUUUGUAUUUUUUGUUUUUAAUUUGCAGAGGGUUUCCUGCUUGAAAUCAGUUUUGGGGUUGUGAAAGUAGCGUUUUGACAAAGCGAAAGGAUAUGAAUUGACAAAUUAACCUGUCCCUCAGUGUAGGAGGAAAAGUAUAAGAGAAUAUUAUUUUUGAAAAAUUUAGCAUUUCUGUAAAAUUAGAACUUUUUUUAACCUAUUUAACAUUUGGCUUUUGGGCUGAUGUGUCUGCCCUUGAUGGCCUUGCAUUGCAGAGCACGUCUGCAGCUGAGGUGCUUGGUCGGUGUGAGUGGAGUGACUGCAGCCAGAUACUGUUGUCAUGACUUAGUCACUGAUGAUACAAACUGAAUGUACUACUGUAGUAAACCUUGUGUUUCCAGCUUGAAGUAGAGUCUCUUGACCUUACUAAUAAUUCAUUCAGCAAGCUUUUUAAACUAUAAUUUUCAGGAUACUGGAUGGUAGAUCAGAGCACCUGGACAGCAAAACUUGUCUUCAGAAGGAGGUAAAAGGGAGCACGUUGGAAUUUUUCAUUUGCCCUUUUUCCUUGCCUCCUUUUGAAGGCAAUUUCUUAGGUUUGGGGUUGUUGGCUUUUUUUUUUUGUUUUCCUUGCUUGUUACUUUCUCUAAUCUCUUUAUUACAGACUUUUGUGCAUUUAUCUUGGUAUGUUUUCCUGAGGCAGGCCCACAGUGGCUACACAGUACUUGAUGUUGGCUUCACGAGUGAAGAGUCUGGGAUUCCAGUUGUAGAUGUGGAAUUCUGCCUUGCAGGUGGGACCUGCGGGCACAGAGCUCUGCCUGUCCCACCAGGGUUAGACUGCUGUCUCUUUGGCUAGCAAAUCAGAGACGUGGCUGGGUUUUCUAUACGCUGACAGGCAUGUCAGUGUAUAUAUAUCCUGACAGCCUCCUUGUGGCAGGGGGUUGGAACUAGAUGAUCUUUAAGGUCCCUUCCAAACCAUUCUAUGAUUCUAUGAUUUGUGUUCUGGAGUAGGGUAUUGGAUGCUGUAUGCUAGAAAUCAGGGUUUAUAUGUACUGGGAACUCACUGUUUACAGCUGAUGUAGUAGCAACUGACUUUUUAACUGUUUAAAGUGGAACUAAAGGUAAAGAGUUAAAGAAACCCCCUCAUGUUCAGAGAAGCUGCUUGAAAGGUAGUGUCUUGCCUAGCUGUAUGCCAACUGAAUUUGCAACACUAUUGUGUAGUAAGUGGUUAAGUUUCAAGGUGAUUACCAUAAUGACUGAAGUAGGAAAAUUCAGUGCAUUAAUCUGCCAAAAUCAGCAUGCCAGGGUUCAAAGUUCUGUAUAAAGUGUUAGGGAAAAGUAGCUUCCAGCAGUAAGAAUCACACCUUUUUGGGUUUUCUCUAUUUUAUUUUGUUUUCUAAUUUUUUUAGUGAAUAGCAAGUGUACAAAUUUAAAGUCGUAAGUUGUGAACACUGGAAAACUCAAUUGUGAUAUAUACCGUAAACAUCUUAGUAAUAUAUUAGUGUUGCCAUUAGAAUGAAUGUAAGUGGCAGUUCAAAUAACUGUGAAGACUUUUCAUCUUCUGAUUUCUUAGCCGGAUAAUCCUUGGCGACUUCUUACUCAGUAGGCAUUCUCUAUCAACUGCUUUGAGAACACUCAUAUCUAUUUUUAUAAAUAUAUAUAUAAAGCCAGAGUUGUCAUUUCUCUAACUUAUUAUUCAGCUUGGCAAUUGCUUUGAUUUGAUUCAUAACACGAUAUAAUGUAUUUAUGCAGUUAACUGUUCAUUUCUACGCAUGUUAUAUAUAUAUACAUAUAUAUAUAUGAACCCCAAAAUCAUUAUUCACUUUGAAACUACCUGUACUGGGUUUGAGAGGGUUUUUUUGAUUUAGAAAAAGAAAUCCUUGAUCAUGUCUACAGUUUAGGGAUGCUUAAGAACCCUUUGCCAUUUAUCUCAAUAAUGCUACAUCCGUUGGAAUGACAGAGGAGUUGAAAUACUUAAAAGUGUUCCAAGUUCUGAAAUGUAAUGAAUUCAACGUUAAUUUUUCAUCAUCUUAAAGGCUAUAAAGAAUUACUGCAGUCAAACUGGAAAAACAAAGCUGCGUGAUAGUCGCAGAUAUUUAGGAUAGAUAUGCACUGUCAUGGCAAAUUGGAGGAAAUGUUGGGAUACCAAAGGCUGCGGUGAGCUGUUUGCUGCUCCAAGGAGCUCCUCUUUGGGAAGAGGCUUGUGCAGAUCUUCAUCUCCAGCCUCUGGUGAAGGCAGUGAGCUAAGCCUGAUCCGUGCAGGCAUCUGCUUCCAGGGCAGUGCAUAGAGUAACUGUGUAGUGCUGAAAGUAUCUGAGUUGUUAAGAAUUGUGAAAUGUAACUUCUUCAUUUAUUAGAUAUGGGGGGGGAAACCCAAACUGCAGUUCAAUCUUGUUUUUGUGAGGUGAUUGGAAAGACUUGACCAUGGAGAGGAUGCUUUGUAUGUCCUGGGUGUGCAUUUUCCAGCAGCAGAUUAUGGCUCUUGUACAGUGUAUGCAAAUAAGUCUGUAAACCUGUUGGCUUUUUCCAGCAUAGUCAAACUUUGAUUAGGACAUUCAUGAUUAUUUAUUUAAUACCUGCGUGCAAAGAUUUAACUUUAGCGUUUCCCUUUCUCCCCCAGUGCCAUUGAUAACUGUGGUUUUGUUUUCUUUCCUUUCUAUUCUUUUAUGUGUGUGUGGGGGGGGAAUAAGUAAAUAUAAAGGCUGUGAAAACCAUAGUUUUGUGUGCAAGUUCUCCUGCAGUACUUGUAUUGCAUGGCAAACAUAUAACCUAGAUGGGCUAGCUGCUACAUUCUCCUCCCCGGUGGGGACACGGCCAAGUCCUUGUGUGUCUCUGCCUGUGUCUGCCUGUUGUGACAGACUGGGGGAUGCGGGGAUGGAGCCAUCCUUUGGGAGCCAGACUGACUGCCGGCACAGCUCCUCGUGUCCUUGGAGCUGGAUCAUUUUCUCAGCAGAGGUGAAACUGUCCCUUGUUCAAGAGCCACGUUCGGUGUGCGCUUGAUGUGACGAGUAACAGCUCUCUGUGGCUCCUUCUUGGUAGCUUACCACAGGGUGUAAAGACAAAUUUUCCUGCUCUGCUGAUAUUAAAUACCAGAAGGUGCAAAUCCCACGUAACUUUCAGUUUUAGGAGCUGUGACUUGGUUUCAGCAUUGUUGACUUUUGUUAGCCUCAGAAGUAUAGUUCCCCAGUUAAGUUCUUUUCCAAAUUAUUGUGCAUGGAAGAGAUUGGGCCACUCUCUUGUCCUUCUGCUGGGGAGUGAAAAGAGAAGUUUAAUUGUUUGCAUGUGAUAGGAAAAUUAAAAGUGCAAAAAGUUUGGGGUUUAUUUUUGACUUCUAAAAUUAAGUUAGUUUUAUAGUAUCUUACAUUCCUGCUAUCUUUGUUUUGUCUUUUAAAAAUCAUAAAAAAAAAGAGUUAGCCUGGCACAGUAUGAUGGUGCAGUUUUAGCAGUAGGUUAAAAAGAAAAAAAAAAGAAUAAAAA